CAUGGGAUGAGCUCCUGACUCCAGUGAGUUAAGAUCUGGACCUGUGAGCUGGGACCCUUUAACCCUGGAGGGGCAGGGAGAAAGACGGGGAGAAAAUGCGGUGCACUACCCUCACCACCCUGCUGGUGGGAGUCAUGUUGUACCUGGUGAUGGGAGCGUUUGUUUUUGUCACCCUGGAAAAGCCCAAAGAGACCUCGGCACAUAAAAACCUGCUUCAAACCAAGAAAGAAUUCCUCGAUAAUAACUCCUGUGUCACCGAGUCGGACUUUCACAAGCUUGUAAAGGGUUUGAUGUCUGCAGUCGAGGCAGGCCUGGAUGUGAGCAGCCUUCCUGCCAACUUGACCACCCGCUGGGACAUCGCGUCUGCCUGCUUCUUCUGUGGCACCAUCAUCACCACCAUAGGCUUUGGGAACCUCUCACCUCGGACGUUGUAUGGUCAGUUGUUCUGCGUGUGCUACGCUUUGGUGGGCAUCCCCAUGUUUGGCAUACUUCUCGCUGGAGUGGGCGACCACAUGGGCACGAUGCUGCGGAGAGCUGUGGCCAAGAUUGAGACCCUCUUCCUGAAACGCAAGGUCAGGCCCACGACUGUGCGGGUGACCUCAGCGGUUCUCUCCAUCCUAAUUGGCUGUCUGAUCUUCCUCGCUGUGCCAACGGUCGUGUUUCAGAAAGUGGAAGAGUGGUCGUUCUUGGAGUCGCUCUAUUUUGUGGUCAUCACGCUCACCACUGUUGGCUUUGGAGACUAUGUACCAGUUGGAGGUAUUGAAGACGACAGCUUCUUCAAGCUUCUGGUGUUGUUGUGGAUCGUGUUUGGUCUUGCCUACUUUGCCUCCAUCCUCACCAUGAUAGGCAACUGGCUGAGGGUGCUGUCUAAAAGGACUCGUGCUGAGAUGGAGGAGCUGAGGGCCCACGCAACAGACUGGACGCAGAGCAUGUCCAAGGAUUUCCGCAUCCCAAAUCCUCUGGAAUUUAAUGACCCCUUCCUCCUGCAGCGGCGGCGCUGGAAACGCAGUGAGCGCCGACGCAUCCGCCGGGGAGCCCAGGGUACACUGGGAUACUGGGUGCGAGGGGGACCUGAGAAUGGACAUCUGCCAAGUCACUGGGCUGGCCUGUCGAGCUCCAUGAGUGAGCUGCAGGACAAUUCGUCCGGGGAGAGGGCGAGGGGAACUAACUCAAAGGCACAGGUGAGUGCGACUGGAGGGGGAACAGUCCCCAUAGCAGCAGCAGGGUACAGGGCUGACCCUGCUGGGGGUCUGCAAGGGCAGGGCAGGUCAUUUCCUCACCACCUGUCCCGCUCAUUCUCCCUCCCCGUAACCCGCUCCGGUUCACAGCUGGAUGUUGUAGGGGCACGUAUGCAGGAAGGGUCACUCUCUGGAUCAGAGUCUGCAUUCGACUCCAGGUCAGAUGGCUCCUCACUCUCCUUCUCCUACAUGGCACCCCACAAGUUCCAGCCAUGCCAAACCAUCGGCAGCAUGGAGGAGGGAUCAGUAAGACUCGCACAUAUGGACACAUCAGAGAGGAAAGAUGAACUGAUUCCAGCAGAGAACUAUGAAUCUGCACCAAACAAUAGCCACAAUCAGGCACCUGACCCUAGUCCUUCUUCUCGCUCCUCCCCUGUGCCCACAUCCCUACCCGAAGUCCUCCUUCCCUCCCCUGACAUCACCACAGCCCCCUCACCAAGCUGCCAGCUGCUCGACUUCUUCGGCGAAAACUUGGCGUACAUUGACGAGUCCUCAGACACCCUGAGCGACCGCCCCCAGUCCACGAGCGAGGAGAAGAGGAGACGGCCCCGAAAGCCUAAGAAGAAGAGCAUAAGGAGACAGCUAUCACACAGGUGGAGCUCGCUGCAGGUGAGGAGGCCCAGCAGUGACAUGCAGCCACCAUCCCAUCCUCCAACACCACCUCCAGCAUCCUCUCUUUCAGACCUGUCUCUACCUGAGAACCAGACAGAUGCAGCUCCUGCACUCUGA